GCGUUCAGAGACUACGAGAUCCGAGCCAAGCUCUGGUUGGCGACAACCAAAGUUCGUCCCCAAGUCCAGGGACCUCUUCUACUGAAGAACUUGAGUUCCACGCCGUUUGACGACCUGAAGCAUCUGGCCCGUGAAUUUCUGUGGAUGCAGAGCAGCACCACCGGCGAAGAACUUCUUCAGAAGAUGGCCACCAAGGAGCUCUAUGGCGAGGACGAGCGCGAGAAGAUGAUCAACACCCUGGCGAAGCUGACUUACACCCUUAGGAGGCAGAAGAACGAGGGCCACAAAGCUUUCUUUGCCAGGUGGGAAAACCAGAUAAGAAAAGUCAAUGAACACAAGGUGGUUCUCCCCUCUGAGUACCUGGGAUUCCUACUGAUCAAUGCCCUGCAGUUGAGUCAGAAUGACAUCAAGCUGUUGAUGAAUGAUAACCAAGGAAAGUUGACUCGUAAGGUUGUCAAGGAAUGGACCCGGGUGAAGGAAUCUGACCUCGCCUGGCGGAACACCGAGGCCGGCACGAUCCCGAAGAAGGCCAAUGCGGUCCUCCACCUCGAUGACGACAUCGAGGACGGCCACCUGGGCACGAAUGAGCAGGAGGAGGCCGACGAGGACCUGGAGAUCCUGCUCAGCGCGAUGGAGCAGCUCGAGGACCACGAGGAAAACUCGGACCUAGGCGGUGACGUCUUUGACGAGGAUGAAGUCAAGGAGGUUUUGGCGACGAUGGUCCGAGAGCGUGGCAAGGGCAACGGCCGGAACUUCAAGGCCGUGGCAGAUGCCAAGAAGGCGAAGGGUCUGGCCCGAGGCUACGGAAUCCACAGAGAUCCUCGCUGCCGGUUCAACGCGAAAGGUGACCAUGGCGGCAUCCAGGCCGGGAACUCCUACAAGGUGUCGAUCGAGCUGUUGAAAAAGCGGACCCGUUGCAAGAAAUGCAACAAGUUACUGGCACAGGGAGAGGACACCGAGGAGGCCUUGUUUAUGCACUACAUGGAUUACCUGGACGAAUGCCGAGAUUCGCAGGCCUCCAGCUCCGGGAACCGUGUGGAUCUGUCGGGAACCUCUGAGGGACCGUUGAUGAGUCACUUUGUGCUACAAUCGAUACUGGGUGCCAGAGGACUGCAGUUGGACGAGGUUCACCUGUUCAAGUCCGUCAACGGCAUGAGCUCCAAGGCCCCGUUCUUGAUUUCUUUGCCGUUCCUCAUCUACUGCAAGGAUUACCGGAAGAACUCAAAGCGCACCGAGAACGGGUCCCACGAGAUCCUGGAUUACCAGAAGAACCCCAAGCACAACGAGAACGAGUCCCAUGAGAUCCUGGAUUACGAGAAGAACCCGAAGCACAACGAGAACGAGUCCCAUGAGAUCCUGGCGGGUGAUUUAGGUGUAGAAGAAGCAGGGCAAGAGGCUCCAAUGGUCACUGGACCACAGGACAUGGGAGUCACCGCAGAGAUGCUUCAGACCGAAGGGGUCCACGAACUAGAGAAUGAGACCGUGGCGGUGAUCUUACAUGAGGCCGAGGUGAUCCCAAAACCAGACACCUACGAAUCAUGUCGAGGUUUCCCUUGGAGAACCACCUGGCAACGAAGAGAGGAUGGGACAUGGCAGCUCCUGGAAGACGAGAUCAGGUGGGAAGAGCUCCAUCAGCCUGAACGACACCUACCACAUGGAGGAACCCUUGUGGUGCUCUUCCGGAAACGCAUAGAUGGCCGACCGAGCCGGCAUGUACGCAACUUCCCGGGGAUGCAGGCGAUCACCUUGGAAAGAAUGGUGCACCGAGCCCACGAAGGACUCGGACAUCCCGAGUUGAACCGGUUUCUUCGCAUCCUGCGGCUUUCCAAGGUCUCGGACCAGGUGCUAGAAGUGGCUAAAAAGAUGCGGUGCUCGGUGUGCGAGGCUUACAAACUUCCUGCAGCAGCCCGACAAGGUGCUCCCCCACGCGAGGAACUGUUCAUCAACGACCUGGUCGGCGUGGACACGAUCCACCUCAGGAACCACAAGGGCGAGGCCGUGCCGGCACUGAACAUGAUUGACUGGCGCUCUCAUUUUCAAUUGGUGGUGCCAAUGGAGACCGAGAAUGCCAAAGAAGCGAGAACGGCCUACAGACAAUGGAUCCGCUUUUUCGGGCCACCCAAGAAGGUUAUGCUUGACAUGGGCUCCGAGUUCAAGGCUGAGUUCAAGAAGCAGAUCGAGGCCGACGGCUCUGAGACGAUUCCCGGGGCCUUGGAAGCCUCGACACAACGAGGACUCACCGAACGAGCCGGCGGAGUGUACAAGGACAUCCUCUACAAGGCCGUGAUGACCUACACCUGUUCAAAUUUAGAAGAGUGGAAGGAGCUGGUCGACACGACGUGCAUGACCCGAAACCGGCUUCUACUUCGAGCCGGGUACUCUCCUAUUCAGCGAGUGAUUGGCUACACCCCUCGGCUUCCCGGUGGGCUGCUCAGCGGAACGGACUCUGAUCAAGGCGUGGCCAGUCUUAGGCGGACUGUGAUCAAGCCCUACGGGCGGCGGCGCUUGCUGGGCCACGGAAACACCGUCUCUGUGCCUUUGAACGGAACCCGACAAGAAACUUCAGACGUCAUUCCCGAGGGCGGUUGUGAAGAAGAGGGAGACGGACCGCGAGAAGAACACGGAGAAGUUGAAAUGGAGGCCGAACAAGAAGAUCAAGAAAUGCGAGCGGACAAUAAACGCGAGGCCGAGGAUGAGAUCGCACCGGAAGGAAAACGCAGCCGGGCCGCGCUCCUAGAGAUCUACCACAUGAACUUGAAGAGUCUGGCCAAGCAACGCCAGAAAAAGGAGGCCAAGGUGACCGACUUCCACGGCAAGGACGCGACCAGGUUGCACAAGGCGAUCCUCAAGGAGAUCAACAACAACUUGGCUACCGGCGCCUAUGAGAUCCUCCCCCUCAAGGAGUCCGAGCAGGUCCGAGCGACAAGACCCGAGAAGGUGAUGGAGUCAAGAUAUGUCUUGACAAAGAAACCACUGGAACCAAGCGAGGUGAACAAGGCGGCAAGCGAGGACCUACUCCUGGAUGACAGGACGCACGGACCUGUCAAGGCGAAGUGCCGCCACGUGAUGAAAGGCUUCUCCGACGAAGCGGCCCUGGACGUCGAGAGCACAACACCUCAGGUCAACCGAGAUUCAGUGAUUUUCGUGACCCAGGCUUUCCACUCCGGGGACCGCGUCAACCGGGAGCUCUAUUGUUCUCAGCCAAGAGAAGGGAUCCCAGGGGUCCACCCAAAGCAGCUGAUUCGGCUGCUGAAGACCUGCUACGGCCUGACGGAUGGACCUUUUGCCUGGUACCAGCACCUGAGCAAACGUCUACUACGAGACGGCUAUAUGCAGAGCCGCUCCGAUCCCUGUGUGUUUCUGCUGCACGAGAAGACCUCAAACGGAGAAAACAAGGAGCUCAAGGGAAUCAUUGGUGUGGCGACGGAUGAUCUACUUCAUGGUGGUGAUGCCGAUCAUUGGCGCAACAUCAGUGCCAUCGCCAGGGACUACAAGCUCGGCAAGAACCAGACCAUGUCCGGAAGGUUCACGGGAAAGGACUUUAAGAAGGAGGCCGACGGCUCGAUUACUAUCUCCCAGGAGUUUUAUGUCAACGAGAAGGUCGAGCAGUGCGACCUUGCCGGCCGAGUCUCCUUGCUGCAGCAAAGCUUCCCCGAGCCGAAGGUGAUGGACUUAGUGGAGUGCAACAAGAUCAGCGAGGAGGCUACCAAGCACAAGGACCUAGGAGUCAAGGCGGGAUGGGGCAAUGCCAAAGAGGCUGUCUGGAUUGAGAAUUCAGAGGAGGACGUCUGGGAAGAGACCCCAGACCGAUGGAUCCGUCACCACCGGACGGAGCGACGGACGACAUUCCAUCCAGGCGCAGCUUCUGGAGGACCAGACCUACACGAUCUACUACCUGCAAGGCGAGCCGAGUACUUCUCCGAGAACGAGGGCGUGAUGAACUACGAGAUUUGCGAGGACGAAUGGUGCGACCAGAAAGGAAUCAGGCUUCUCAAGGAAUCCUGUUGGCGAGGCCAGACGAUAUUCUACAAGGCAGCCGAAGGACAGGGAGUUUCCCAUGGACAAGUGCAUUCGAGCCUGACCCAACUUCAACAGCUGAGCAGCCAAGGUGGACAGAUCAUCAUGUACCACGACAAGAGGCUGGCAGAAGAUAGCCAGCCAAGAAUGGUCACCUUGGCUGCCUGGAAGAGUUUCAGGCUGAAAAGAAAGACAGUGGACACCUUGGCCGCGGAGGGCCAAGCCUUACAGUCCGGCAUCGGCAGCAUUCACUGGCACAGGCUUAUGUUCCUGGAGGCGUUCUACGGCAUGAUGACGACGACUCAGUGGAGAGACGAAUCAAGACGACUGCCAUUCAUGGCAGCCGUGGACUCAAAGAGCCUCUACGACGCCACCAACAAGUGUGCCAGCACGACAGCCUACAUCAGCGACAAAAGGACCGCCAUUAACAUCGCGGCUAUCAAGGCAGACCUUAUAGAGACCAGCGGAAGAGUCCGCUGGAUCGACACACGAGCUAUGCUGGCCGACCCUCUGACAAAGCCUCAUCCAAGCAAUUAUUUACGUUUCGUCAUGCGAUCCGGCCGAUGGUCGGUCGUUGAGGAGGGGACCGCUCUUCAGCACAAGGCCUUGGAGCGUGAAGGGGCAAAGCCACAUGCUCUUUAUCUGAUGUUUUGGGAAUUUAGAGUGUGA